AUGACCAAAACCAACGGAAACAAAGACCAAAACCAACGGAAACAAAGACCAAAACCAACGGAAACAAAGACCAAAACCAACGGAAACAAAGAUCAAAAGCCAACAGAAACAAAGACCAAAAACCAACGGAAACCAAAACCAAAAUCAACGGAAACAAAGACCAAAACCAACGGAAACAAAGACCAAAAACCAACGGAAACAAAGACCAAAACCAACGGAAACAAAGACCAAAAACCAACGGAAACAAAGACCAAAACCAACGGAAACAAAGACCAAAAACCAACGGAAACAAAGACCAAAACCAACGGAAACAAAGACCAAAACCAACGGAAACAAAGACCAAAACCAACGGAAACAAGGACCAAAAAACUACGGAAACAAAGACCAAAACCAACGGAAACAAAAAUCAAAACCAACGGAAACAAAAAUCAAAACCAACGGAAAGAAAGACCAAAUCCAACGGAAAUAAAGACCAAAACCAACGGAAACAGAGAUCAAAACCAACGGAAAUAA